GCGUUUUGACUCGGUCACACGAGCACACGAAGAGAGAGCGACAACACCGAGAAGAGUCGGUUUGGGCGAGCUUGGGAGGGGCAAAACAAACGCUCUUACGUCGUCUCAGUUCAAGCUUUCCCACCAUACUACAACAUACAGAGAGAGUCGAGAGGCCGACAGAGAUGGGUUUGGAAUUGGAGGCGGUGGGAGAUCUAGCAUUGCACGUAAUUCUUACGAAGUUAGGUCCCAAAGACACAGCGACAGCAGCGUGCGUCAGCAAGAAGCUUAGGUCUUCGGCCUCGGCGGAGUCCCUCUGGUCCAAGUUCUGCUCCCAAGAUCUUGACCUCAAGCAUCCCCUUGAUCCUCUCGGAAACCCUACCCCUUCUUUCAAGAAAUCUUAUCAAAUAUGGCGGGAAGCUUUCGGUAUGUAUCCUUGGCUGCUGGUCAUGCGGGUUAAAAGAUGUUUGGGGAGACUUAAGAACUGGUUGGGCAUUAAUUUUCCGGAGGCUGAAGCUACACUUCGCAAGGGUGCAUCAGAAGCUGAUAUUCAACAUUUAGAGAGAAUCUUGAAAGUGAAAUUGCCUCUUCCCACAAGGAUCCUCUAUCGGUUUUGUGAUGGUCAAGAAUUUACGGCUAGACAAUAUGCAGAUGAAACUUUAUUGGGACUCAUAGGUGGCUAUUCUUUUUAUGACCACGUGGUAAAUGUGUAUUUGUUUCCUUUAAGAGAGGUGAUCUUAAAAACAAAGGCAGUAGUACGUCACCUAGGUUUUUCCAACAAAUCUAAGUAUAUUGUUGUGGCUGGUUCCGCAUAUGCCAGCAAGUUGUUUUUCCUGAACUGUACAACUGGUCAACUCUAUGUUGGUACUGCAAAUCUUCCAACUGAUGGAGAAAUGAUUCCAUGUGUACCAAAGGAAUUAAUAAGUUCAGUGCAUGAUUUCAAUGGUGAUCAACAGCAGGAUGCAAUGCUACUAUGGUUAGAAGAACAUGGCCGUCGCUUAGAAAAUGGCAUUAUUAAACUUCGUGAAGAAGAAAAUAUCAGAAGUAUCAGUCUGUUUCCAGAGGAACCUCCACUCUGUUCCACUGCUAUAACCAAUGGGGUGAAAGUUCGUGCUUCUGCUGUGUUUAUUCCGGAGGCAGCUGCUAACGCUCAGAAGGAUCAUGCUAAGUAUACAUUUUCGUAUUCGAUCCGCAUGUCCCUUCAGCCUGAAGGAUGCAUCAUUGAUGGAAUUCCCUUCAGCUCAUGCCAACUGCAUUGGAGGCAUUGGAUCAUCCGUGCUUAUGACCGCAUAGUAUCCGAGGUUAAUGAUGAAGCAGUAAUAGGAAAGUUCCCACUAUUGCAUCCAGGUGAGAAAGAAUUUGUUUAUGAGAGUUGCACACCUUUAUCAGCAUCUUCAGGUUCUAUAGAGGGAUCUUUCACAUUUGUCCCUGGCAGGUUAACAGACCCAAAAGGUGCUCCAUUUAAAGUUAAAGUGGCAACGGUUGCCCUCCAUUUGCCAGACUACAUUUUCUGAUAGUGGCAACUCCAGCUUACUUAUGUAUUCAUGUGGUCUUUGUUAUUAAUUAUGUCAAGAGUUUUUGGAUUUGUGAAAGCUUGUUAGCUUUAUAUAUAUAUAUAUAUGAAUGGCCUUGUUUAUAGUUGAACCCAGGUUAUCACAAAAUGUAUGAAGGAUCCUUGUUUCGAGAAGACCUGAAUAUUAUGUCAAUACUCUUGUUGAUAUCACUGUUGUCACUCCAAUUAUUAUUAAUUUAAUAUGCUUUAUUAGUAUUUGUUA